CAACAACACAGACUUCAGCGAGCAUGGAUCUUUCACGGAAAUUUGAAAGAGAAAGUUGCUAUUUUCUUCGAAGGAUGUGCCGCGUAUCCUGGUCGCAGAUCAAUAUCGAUUACAGAUGGAGUACAUAGGUAGGUGCUUUGCGUCUCCUUGUUGUGAGUUGCUCUUUCCCUUCUACAGCUCUUCUCUUCUCUUGUCUAGCCUGGUCGUUCGUUUGUACAGGUAGUCAAUCGUCGUUUCCUAUUCCUUACCAAGUCAUUCGUUACUUCCCUUGAGGGCUUAUAUCCGCCAUGGUUCACUUCAUCUCCAUUGGCCAGCUUAUCAACAGCAUCUUCCAUAUCUCAGGGAAGGGUAAUGCUGGAAGUGCCGCAGCUGCAGCCUCGACAGUCCAAGCAGCAGCCAGCUCUAGUGCCAUUGCUUCUUCUAGCUCUAGUGCCAUUGCUUCGUUCAUAUCGACAUCCACUGCUUCCGCCAUCUCGACAUCCAUCGUUUCCUCUCUCUCUACAUCGAUCGCUACCUCAAGCUCUGCAUCAGUCGCCGCCUCUAGCUCUGCAUCAGUCGCCGCCUCUAGCUCUGCAUCAGUCGCUGCCGCUACAUCCACAUCUGCUGUCGCUGCUAAUUCAACUUCUGCCGCGCAAGCAGUUUCUGGCUGCGACGCCUUGAUUCAAGCCCUGACUUUCCCCGAUCAGCAAGUCACUGUUAUCAGCUGUGAGGAUAUCACUUCUGGCACCGCUCUCACACUUCCCACUGGUCCUUCAAACUGCAAUGGCGGCUCAGUUCGAACCGACCUCCGUAGAGUCACCCUGAACAUUGUUACUUCUUAUGCAUCUUCCAACUACGUCGAGGUCUGGCUACCCACCCAACAGGAUGCCUGGAAUGGAAGAUUCAUGGCUACUGACAACAAGGGUCUCUCUGGCUGCCCUUCCUACGACGACAUGAUCUACACUUCAAGCUUAGGAUUUUCUGUGGUCGGUGAUAACGGCGGCCACAACAACACCGAAUACCUCGGUAUGGACGCUCAGCAAUUUUUGAACAACAAUGAGGUCGUUAUCGAUUGGUCGUACAGAGCCCGCCACGCUGCUGUUGUGGCAGGUAAGCAGGUCAUCAAGACCAACUACGGACAAGCCGCUAGCUAUAACUACAUGCUCGGAUGCUCAAACGGUGGCCGCCAGGCUCUUCAAUCUGCCCAAAUGUUCCCUGAUGACUUCGAUGGUAUCAUUUCUGGUUCUUCCACUAACGACUUCAACCACCACAUGGACUGGUCAGGCAGAAUGUAUGUUCUCACCGGCGCUGACUCUAGCGACUCCAAGUUCUUGAGUUACGACGACUGGGUCAUUGUUCACGACGAAGUUCUUGCCCAGUGCGAUGAGCCCCUUGAUGGUGUUGCCGAUGGAAUUAUUGAAGACUCGACCAUCUGCGAUUUCAACGCCACUAAGUUGACUUGCACUGAUGGUCAGACCGAUGGCUGCCUGACUUACGAGCAAACUUCCACAGUCUGGAAUGUCUUCUCUCAGCUCUACGAUCAAGAUGGAAACCUGCUCUAUCCUCGUCUCGCUCCUGGUGCAGAGCUGUAUGCUUCGACUAAUGGUGUCUUGCACGGUGUCCAAGGCCACGUUACUGACUGGUUUGGCGAUGGCUUCAACAACACAAGCUUCGAUCCUUCGACUCUUUCUCAGACCGAGUACACUCUGGCUGAUGACGAUGAUGAGCUCCACGGCAAAGUCUCAUCCUUCAACAGCGAUCUCAGCGCCUUCCAAGCCGCUGGAAAGAAGUUGAUCAUGUACCACGGUCUCAUGGACCCUGCCGUCUCUGCUGAAGCAUCCCAACGCUACUAUCUCAAUGUCGCCCGCGACAUGGACCUCGACCACACCGGCCUCGACGAGUUCCUCCGCUUCUUCCGCAUCAGUGGCAUGUACCACUGUACUGGUGGCAUUGGCGCCUGGGCUUUCGGUCAGAACAUCAACGCACAGAAUGGUACCGGCAAUGUUAUCACCGAUAUCAUGAAUUGGGUCGAGAACGGCGAGGCACCAGACACCAUGACUGGAACCAAGUUCGUCAACGAUGAUCCUACUCAGGGCGUACAGAUGGAGAGAAAUCACUGCAGAUUUCCUUACCGCACUACAUACAGUGGCUCUGGAGACAGCACUGAUGCUGAUAACUGGAGCUGUGAGCUGAUCAAUGACUGGCAGGAGUGUGGCGUGUACAAUGUCCCCAGACUCUGUUGA